AUGGAUCGAAAUACUUCCAUUCAUAGCGACAAAACCCUCGCUACUCCCGAAGAGGCAGAUUAUCUACGAGAAUCCAGCUCCGCGGUUGCCAGCAUCCCUUCCCAACCAGACAGAGAAGAGGAUUUCGCAGAAAGCCGCAGUGUCAUCUCAAAGGCAUCCGACGAUGAUUCAAAUGACGCUCACCUUAGCCGGGCUGAGCUCACCCAGACACUCACCCAACGAAGAAGCCAAGCUUCGGGUCACCAAGGCGAAGAAUGGGCUCAAAUUGAGAAGCUGAUUUCACGUAUGUUCGGUCAUGAACGGAAGGCUAGCUCCAAAGAGGAAAAGACACGACAUGCAGGAGUGGUUUGGAAGAACCUCACCGUAAAGGGCUUGGGCCUUGGAGCAGCCCUGCAGCCCACCAAUGGUGACAUAUUUCUUGGUUUGCCGAGGCUCAUCAAGAGACUGUUCACUCGAGGCCAGAGAGGAGCUGGGCAGGGGAAGCACCAAAUCCGAACCAUUUUAGAUGAUUUCACAGGCUGUGUUCGACCCGGAGAAAUGCUUUUGGUUCUAGGCCGACCUGGCUCAGGUUGUUCUACUUUUUUGAAGGUCAUCGGCAACCAGCGAUAUGGAUACGAAAGCAUUCAUGGAGAUGUUUUAUAUGGUGGAACGGACUCUGAAGCAAUGUCCAAAAACUAUCGUUCUGAAGUUUCUUAUAAUCCGGAGGAUGACCUUCAUUACGCUACAUUGACUGUCCGAGAGACCCUGCUGUUUGCGCUCAAGACCCGAACACCAAACAAAGAGUCACGGAUUCCUGGAGAAAGCCGCAAAGAUUAUCAGCAAACAUUUCUGUCUGCAAUUGCAAAGUUGUUUUGGAUUGAACAUGCAAUGGGAACUAAAGUUGGCAAUGAGCUUAUUCGCGGCGUUUCAGGAGGAGAGAAAAAACGUGUCUCAAUUGGAGAGGCUAUGGUGACCAAAGCUAGCACUCAAUGCUGGGACAACUCUACCAGAGGACUUGAUGCGAGUACGGCAUUGGAAUAUGUGCAAAGUCUACGGAGCUUGACCAACACGGCCCAGGUUUCCACUUUAGUUGCCCUUUACCAGGCCUCCGAGAAUUUGUUCAAUCUUUUUGAUAAGGUUGUGCUUAUCGAGGACGGAAAGUGUGCAUUCUUUGGUCGUUCAGAGGAUGCGAAGCCUUAUUUUGAACGGUUGGGAUUUGAGUGCCCGCCACGAUGGACCACACCAGACUUCUUGACAUCCGUCAGUGACCCGCAUGCAAGACGUAUCAAACCAGGAUGGGAAAACCGGAUUCCCCGUACAGCGGAAGAGUUUCAAGCAGUAUACCGUCAAAGUGACAUUUCCAAGAUCGGACUUUCGGACAUCCAUGAUUUUGAGAACGAGUUACAAGCCCACGAACACGAAAGAGAGAUGCUGAGAAAAGACACCACUACGAAAAACUACACAGUCCCAUUUUGGAAACAGGUCAUGAUCCUCACUCAUCGUCAAUUUCUCGUGAUGUUUGGAGAUCGAGCAGCCUUGGCAGGCAAAUGGGGCGUGAUUACCUUCCAAGCUUUGAUUGUGGGAAGCUUGUUUUACAAUCUUCCCAAUACCAGCAUGGCAAACCUUGCCAGAACACCAUCCCAGUUCUUCAUUAAUCUGCUAUUUAUCUUUAUACUUACCAUGACAAUGUAUUCUUUCUUCCGUUCUCUGGGAGCGCUUUGCGCUUCAUUGGAUAUUGCUACUCGAAUUACCGGUGUCGCCAUCCAGGCACUGAUCGUAUAUACAGGAUAUUUGAUUCCGCCCUGGAAGAUGCAUCCAUGGCUCAAAUGGCUUAUUUGGAUCAACCCAGUUCAGUAUGCGUUUGAAGCAAUGAUGUCCAACGAGUUUUAUAAUCUGGCGAUCCAAUGCGAAGCACCAUAUGUUGUCCCAUCUGGGCCAGCAGCAAGUGCUGGCCAUCAAGGCUGCACAAUUCAAGGCAGCUCUCCUAACAAUCUCACCGUUCAGGGGUCCGAUUACAUACUGGCAGCCUACACUUACUCUCGCAGCCACCUAUGGAGGAAUUUUGGCAUCAUUAUUGCUUGGUUCCUUUUCUUCGUUUUUUUGACCAUGCUUGGAAUGGAAAUCCAGAAGCCUAAUAAGGGCGGUAGCUCAGUUACAGUCUUCAAAAGAGGCGAGGCCCCCAAAGCAGUUGAAACCGCCAUCGAAAACUCAGGAAGACCCGCGGAUGUGGAGACCACCGAAAAAGAGGCGCCAUCGGCAAGCUUGACAGAUGAUGAAGCCAAGGAGAAAGUCCAAGAUAUCGCUAAAAACACUUUGAUUUUUACUUGGCAAGAUGUGAACUAUACCAUCCCGUACAAAGGUGGACAACGGAAGCUAUUGCAAAAUGUCAACGGCUAUGUCAAGCCAGGUCGGCUUACAGCAUUGAUGGGCGCAUCAGGCGCAGGAAAAACAACACUUCUGAAUGCACUGGCUCAGCGGAUCAACUUUGGCGUGGUGACCGGUGAUUUCCUCGUUGAUGGAAACCCCCUUCCGAAGAGCUUUCAGCGUGCGACCGGAUUUGCUGAGCAAAUGGACAUUCACGAGCCAACUGCUACAGUACGCGAAUCUUUACGGUUCUCCGCUCUUUUGAGACAACCCAAAGAGAUUCCCCUGCAAGAAAAAUAUGACUACUGCGAGAAGGUGAUUGAUCUGCUUGAGAUGCGAUCUAUCGCUGGCGCAACAGUAGGAUCUCCUGGAUCGGGAUUGACCCAGGAACAGCGCAAGAGACUCACCAUCGGGGUAGAGCUAGCUAGCAAGCCAGAGUUGCUUUUAUUCCUGGAUGAGCCUACAUCGGGGCUUGAUUCGCUAGCAGCAUUCAAUAUUGUUCGCUUCCUCCGAAAACUAGCUGAUGCUGGACAGGCCAUUCUGUGCACAAUUCACCAACCUUCGGCCGUUCUUUUCGAAGAGUUUGAUGAAUUGCUCUUGCUUCAGAGCGGUGGACGGGUUGUUUACAACGGUGCUUUGGGGUCAGAUUCGAAGACACUGAUUGACUAUUUUGAACGAAAUGGUGGGAAGAAAUGCUCACCACAUGCUAAUCCGGCUGAAUACAUGCUCGAAGUGAUUGGAGCGGGCAAUCCAGAAUAUAAAGGUCAGGAUUGGGGCGACGUAUGGGACGCCACCCCAGAGUCCAAGGCUCUUUCUGCAGAGUUGGAUGAAAUCAUUCGCGAUCGUCGUGGCAAAGAAAAUGAGGAUGCCAGAGACAAUCGCGAAUAUGCCAUGCCCUUGUAUGUCCAGAUCGUGGCAGUGACCAAGAGAACUUUCGUGGCUUAUUGGAGACUCCCUGACUACAUCCUUGGUAAAUUCAUGCUUCACAUCUUUACCGGUCUUUUCAACACCUUCACGUUUUGGCACCUGGGAAACAGCUAUAUUGAUAUGCAGUCAAGGCUCUUCUCUGUUUUCAUGACACUUACUAUCUCACCACCACUUAUUCAGCAGCUGCAGCCCCGUUACAUUCAUGCUAGAGGUCUGUACCAGUCUCGAGAGUCGAAUUCCAAGAUUUAUUCCUGGACUGCUUUCGUUGUGAGCACGAUUUUACCCGAGCUUCCAUAUUCGAUUGUUGCAGGAUCUGUGUAUUUCAAUUGCUGGUACUGGGGAGUCUGGUUCCCGCGCGACUCGUUUAGCGCCGGCUAUACUUGGAUGAUGCUUAUGCUGUUUGAAUGCUUCUACGUUGGCUUUGGACAAUUCAUUGCAGCCUUUGCUCCAAAUGAGUUAUUUGCCUCCUUGCUAGUUCCUACAUUCUUUACUUUUGUUGUCUCAUUCUGCGGUGUUAUUGUCCCCUAUGUUGCCCUACCCCACUUCUGGCAAUCGUGGAUGUACUGGCUCACCCCCUUCCACUACCUGCUAGAGGGAUUCUUGGGUGUAGUAACUCAUAAUGUUCCUGUCCGCUGCGUGGAACGAGAAGAAGCUCACUUCAGUCCGCCUUCUGGACUGACCUGCCAACAAUAUGCAGGACCUUACGCUCAGGAAGCUGGCGGCUAUGUCAGUGAUGCCGGAAAUGGGAUGUGUGCUUUUUGUCAAUACUCCACAGGAGAUGAAUUUGCUGCUGGGUUCAAUGUCUUCUAUUCACACAAAUGGAGGAACUAUGGGAUUUUCUGGGCAUAUGUGAUCUUCAAUUUUAUGGUUGUCUUCCUGUUCUCUUGGUUGUAUCUCCACGGGGUUCGGGAUAUGAAACGGUGGUUUAGUGCACGCAAGACAAGAAAAGUAGCGAAUGCUUGA